UCGGGUCCAAUUGAUAUAGGUGCCUACGAUAAUACAUCAAUCGUUAUAGUCUAAUACGUAGGUACCUGCAUAUCUACAAAGAUUUGUUCAUUUCGUGGCAUACAUUUAGCAAACAUUCAAGAUCAACAUGUCAGACGAAUACGGUUUUAAGCCCAACUUGCAUCAAUACCCGCCCGCGCCUACUCCAUCGUACCCUGCCGCACCUUCUUACCCUCAUCUUUCUACUCCUUCUUACCCACCCGCCCCAAUGCCAUCUUGCCCAUCUUACCAAUCACCUCCCCAUCAUGGUUCCCAUCAUCAUCCCCCACCUACAAAUUACUCGCCUAAUUAUUAUCCGCCACCUCCAUCAAACAGCUAUCCAAAUGUUGCACCUCCUCAUCUGCACGGAGGAAGCGGUAACCCUAGUGAUAAAAAGGCAUAUUCUUGGAUCGAUUGGAAUGUCCAUCGCACGGUGCCCCCCACUGCUGUUCGUGGUGGAGUAGACAAAGAUGGUAGUCAAAUAUAUGUUGGGCGAGCUUACCACAACGGCGAUUGGAUUCCCGCGAAGGUAAUUCCCGACAGGCACGUUGCGUAUGUAGCGCAUGCUGGUGGUGAGCACACGAAAGAGAAUUUUCAGUUGCUUUGCGAACAACGAUUUGAUUGGGUGCCAGCUUGUAGCGGUAAUAUUCCACCAGGUGCAGUUGAAGGUGGCCGUACGGAGUCUGGUGAACCUUUGUAUAUUGGUAGAGUAUGGCACGAUGGAGCCAACACUGUCGGAAAGGUUCAUCCCAGCCACGGUUGUUGUUAUAUUCCAUAUGAUUCCCGAGAAAUGUCAUUUUCCGAUUAUGAAAUUUUGGUGCUACGUUGUUAAUAUGUUGCUCAUACUAGUAUUGUUUGGUAUUGCUACACAACAUAAUCAUUUCAAUUGCACACUAAAGUUCUGAUGUUGGUUUGUGUUAUUUCAAUACAAAAAAAUAAAAGUUCGCUGGUAAAA